AUGGGCCACUGUUACAGCCGGAACAUCUCCGCCGUCGAGAACGACGAGAUCCCCGAGGCUCCCGAUCAACCGCCCCAAAAUCACCGCCAUGCUUCCGCUCCUCAGUCUCCUCUCGCCUCCGAGGUCAACUCCUACAACAUUAGCCCGUUUCAAAGCCCGUUGCCGGCGGGAGUAUCUCCGUCGCCGGCGAGAACUCCGGGACGAAAGUUCAAAUGGCCGUUUCCGCCGCCGUCACCCGCCAAACCGAUCAUGGCGGCUCUGAGACGGCGGAGAGCCGCCGCGCCGCAGCCGAUCCCGGAGGACAGCGCGGACGUCGGAGGAGGAGGAGAGAGCAGCGGCGGGGGAGAGAGGCUGCUGGACAAGAACUUCGGGUUCGGGAAGAACUUCGAAGGGAAGUACGAGUUGGGGAAGGAGGUGGGGCGAGGGCAUUUCGGUCAUACUUGCUGGGCUAAGGCCAAGAAAGGGAAGAUGAAAGGACAAACGGUGGCCGUCAAGAUCAUCGCCAAAGCUAAGAUGACAUCGGCUGUAUCGAUCGAAGAUGUUCGGAGAGAAGUGAAACUGCUGAAGGAUUUAUCAGGACAUAGGCAUAUGGUUAAGUUCUACGGUGCAUACGAAGACGAUAAUUACGUCUUUGUUGUUAUGGAGUUGUGCGAAGGUGGAGAGCUAUUGGAUAGAAUUUUAGCUAGAGGUGGUAGAUACCCUGAAGUCGAUGCCAAACGUAUACUUGUACAGAUUUUAUCUGCAACUGCAUUUUUUCACCUCCAAGGUGUUGUCCACCGUGAUCUCAAGCCGGAGAAUUUUCUCUUUACCAGCAGAAACGAGGAUGCAAUCCUCAAGGUCAUAGAUUUUGGCUUGUCUGAUUUCAUUAGAUACGACCAGCGUCUCAAUGAUAUUGUGGGAAGUGCAUUCUAUGUAGCACCUGAAGUACUCCAUAGGUCUUACAGCACCGAAGCAGAUAUGUGGAGCGUUGGUGUCAUAAGUUACAUACUACUCUGUGGAAGCAGACCUUUCCAUGGAAGAACUGAAUCUGCGGUUUUCCGCUGCGUGAUUAGAGCCAACCCUAAUUUUCAAGAUAUGCCUUGGCCUUCAAUAUCUCAUACUGGUAAAGACUUCGUGAAAAGGCUUCUCAACAAGGACCAUAGGAAACGAAUGACAGCUGCUCAAGCCCUAGCUCAUCCGUGGUUACGUGAUGAAAACCCUGGUUUGCUUCUCGAUUUCUCGAUCUAUAGGUUGGCCAAGUCCUAUAUUCGUGCCUCGCAUUUCAGACGAUUGGCACUUAAGGCUCUCUCCAAAGCUAUACCCGAAGAUGAGCUUGUGUUUCUUAAGGCACAGUUUAUGCUCCUGGACCCUAAAGAUGGAGGCCUAUCUCUUAACAGCUUCACUUCGGCGUUAACAAGAUAUGCUACUGAUGCGAUGAUGGAAUCAAGGCUUCCUGACAUUUUAAACACGAUGCAACCAUUGGCGCAAAAGAAGCUGGACUUUGAAGAGUUCUGUGCAGCUGGGGUCAGCGUUUACCAACUGGAAGCUCUUGAGGAAUGGGAGCAGAUUGCAACUUCAGCAUUUGAGCACUUCGAACAGGAAGGGAAUCGAAUCAUAUCCGUCCAAGAACUAGCCGCGGAGAUGAGCCUGGCACCAAAUACAUAUCAUCUGCUCAAGGAUUGGAUCAGGAGUUCGGAUGGAAAGCUGAGUUUCUUGGGCUACGCUAAGUUAUUGCAUGGUGUGACCGUACGUAGCUCGAGCUCAAGACCUAGGUGACACAUCGUCAUGUCAAAAGCCUUAUAACGUGUAAAUCAAGUCUUGAGAAACAUCCAAACCUUUAUAGUGGAAGUGGAAGCUAGGGGAUUUCUUUGUAAAUGAUUCUUUGAGCAUUUUUGUUUACAGGAACCAAACCUUGAAAAAAGCAUAACAAACUAUUAUUAUAGAAGGAAACUUGCGAGGUGUUGAUUUUGGUUUA